CUUACGCGAUACCAGGAAGUGCAUUCAGCUUGAAAUAUUCUGUUAUGGAUAUAAUGCAAAAUGGCAGUUCAAAAUUAGGCUCGAUCAAAGUAAGGUAGUAUAAGCCACGUAUAUUCCCUCCGCAUGUGCUGACAUGGCGAAAACUUGGACACUCCUGUCGAUACUGUCAGCAAUGGAUGAGGAGUGGUCCCCACUUGCGCUUUCAUUCAAAUGACGAACAACACAAUUCCAGCCAGCUGAUAGCCUUGCAUUGUGUGUCCAUUGAAUAUAUGCGUUUCCUGGUAUUUCCCGUGUUUCUGUAUUUCUAUUAUUGCCUCCGAUUGCACUAGACAUUUAUUUGUUGACGAAGCAAAAUGACGUUAUAUGUAUGUGGUGCGUAUGUGAGAUAAUUAUAGCGACGAUGUCAUUUGCAUUGUAUAUAUAAGCUAAGUCGUCUGAACUGAGGCCACUUAAACAGUUUGAAUGAGAGAGUUCGGUUAUUCGUUGGAUACCUAUGUGUUGUAAGCAUCAAGUACUAGCUGCAUGAAAAGCCUAGAUUAACCCACCACGCAAUGGAUCCUCUACUUUUACUUGAGCAGCUGCACUCCUUUUUUGCCACACCAGAAGGGAGCAUCAUGGGGCAGGCUAUCCAGCACAUGAUGUCGGAGACCAAGGACAUGAACGCCCUCCUGCAGGAGGGGAUAGAGAAGGUCAUAAACUCAGAGCUCACCCCGGGAGAAUGCAAUACACUGGUGACCUCCAUGAGACUCUGUCUGAGUCCAACAGGAACUCCACCAUCCCCGGAACUCCAGACUCAGGCCAUCAGACUCACCUGCAACUUCACCGACUUUGCCUUGACACAGGGGUGUGACAUGUUUCAAGCCUUCCAAUAUUUCUAUAGAACCAUGAUUCUACUGGACAUCACUGCUAGCCUUGAAGGCACAGAGCCUGGCCGAGAACUGGUUCUAAACAUGGCCUGUGCCUAUUCUGCAGCCUCGCUAUGGAGGACUCUGUUCAUUGACACCCAGAUAUGGAACAUAAAUCAAUCGAGCACACAAGGGCUGCUGCAGGACUUGAGGGAUUUAGCUUUCGAGUACAUGAAGGAGAAUCCAGCAUUCUCCUACUUUCUGUGCCUCGACCUUCUCCGAGCAUACACGGUCAUUGGAAGAGGGUUCUCCCAAAAACAAAAGACAAGGAUAAGAGGCGAUCUUAUUCUCCUGCUGGCCAAGUGCUGCUACCAAGCGGGGCAGUACAGACUUUGCACCAGACACUGUAAAGAGGCCUGCGAGCUCUUUGACUGCGGCAGCUACAUUCCCUACGAGCUCUGGGCACGAGCUCUUCACAAGAACGGACAAUACAGAGCGGCACUCGACAAAGUGGAAUGUGCUAAGGACUGUAUUCAGGAGGAGAAAAUAAAGCAGCAUCUUCAGAAGUACAUGGACCAGCUGCGCCAGGAGAUGUUGACCUCUACACAGCAGCCGACGAUGGAGCCAGAUGCUGAUUGGUUGACGGGGACCAACAUCAGCACCACACAGUUGCAGCAAGCACGGGCACAACAGGCAAAGAAUGCUCACGUCAAGAAGAAAAGGCAAUCCAGACCAAGACGAGAACAUGUGGAACCCAUCCAGGUUAGUCACACUGACUGGCUCAAAGGUGGACCAAUGCAGAAGGGUGAACCAGGAUACCGAACGUCUAAUGGCUUGUCACUUCCUUUUGCUGGACAAGCAGGCAAGGACCCCUCACAGCUCAAUGUUGACAGCAACCCUCUUCUUCAGUACACAGCCUGGGACACAUCGAGUGGGGAUGAUGGAUCAGAUCUCGAGGAUGCUUUCGAGCUUCGAGGAUCACCCUCUUCUCAACAUGAAGAGAAAGAGCCAGAGGUGACCAAAGUCAAGGCUGAAAAGUCGGACAAGACAUGGUUUGAAGAAAGUAAGGAAAUGUAUGACAAUGGUGAUGUGGACACAAAGAUUACUUGUGGCAUGGGGAUGGAUGUGGAGACUGAGAGCAUCGAGGCCAAGCAGUAUCAACAGACCAGGGCUCCUUUCUAUAGGCCCCUUGAACCCAACUUUGAGUUGAGACGACUCAUGGCAGCCAUGCCUGAGAAGUACAAGCAGUGUAAGAUUCAGUUUGAGGCAUCUCACAAGGCUGUGUGUAAAGUGUUGUCAGGAGGGGAAACCUACACUGAUAUUGAGAUUCACGGGAGGUCCAAGUGUGGCCAGACGUUCAACAAUGAUGAGGUUUGUGUGGAGGUUCUGUCAGAGCCUCACUCCCAUCCUGUGUCUGGUCAUGUGAUAUACAAGAGGGCUGAGGAAGAUGACAAGGUGUAUGGACGUGUUGUUGGUGCCCUCAACAGCAACUUCAGGGAAGAGAGCCAUACAGUCAUGGCCUGUACGUGUGAUGAUGAUGAAGGGUUUCUGAUGCAUCCUCUUUGCAAAACUGUGCCAAAGAUUCAUGCCUUGAAUGGUGUUACAAAGAAGAAAUUCCCUUCCUUGUCUAAAUACAGGAUUGAUACAUAUGAAAUCAAUGAGAAUGGACAACUCCGAUACAAGAAAUAUUUUGAUGUGAAACCAGGACUUAGAGGAAGGUAUGUGUUCCUGGUCGUCUAUCUCACCUGGGGCAUCCACCAUGUGUACCCUCUUGGAGCAGUGGUAGACAUCAUUGAGUGUGGCACCGACUUCAAUGGAGGUCUCAAGAUCCUGGAAAUGCAAUAUCAGGUUCCAACCUACUUUUCACAAGACACAGUUGCUCAUAUUGGUAAAAUUCUGAAGAAGAGAGACACUGUUCUUGCUGAUGACAGAGUUGACUGCACAGGGCUUGAAGUUUUCACAAUAGAUCCUGCACAUUCAAAAGAUUUAGAUGAUGCUUUGAGUAUCUCUGCCAAGGAUGACUACUAUCUGAUUGGAGUCCACAUUGCUGACGUGGCCUCAGUGGUGAAGAAAGGGGACCCUGUUGACAGAGAGGCACAGAAGAGAGCCACAAGCUUCUAUCCAUGCGAGUCCAGGGCUCACAACAUGUUGCCUGAACCAUUGAGUGAGGGCAUGUGUAGUCUGCUACCAAAUGAAAAAAGACAUGCAUUGUCCAUUUUCUUUCACAUUGAAAAAUCAGGAAAGCUUGUAAAGGAACCAACAGUCAUGAAAACAAAGAUUAAAUCUUCCUGCAAGUUGUCAUAUGAAGAUGCUCAGAAAGUUAUUGAAAAUGAGGAAGUGGAUCAUGUUUCACAAACUCUGAAAGACAAUAUCAAACUGCUUCAUGAAAUUGCCCAGAACUUGAGAAAGGACAGACUUAAAGAUUCUAGGUUUGCUGUUCCAUUUGAAGAUCCAAGAUUUAUUGAGACUGAAAUCAUAGAGCAGAAUAUUGAAGCCCAUUCACUCAUUGAAGAGUUCAUGAUCAAAGCCAACACAUCCAUUGCUCAGUGGUUGAGAAAGAAGUUCCCAAAUUCCAUCCCCAUCAGAUGUCAGUCUCCACCAUCUACAGAGGAUGUCCAAAAGUUUGUCCAGAGUGAGGAUAAGUUCCUGGACCUUGUUGUGAACAUGCAAGGACGAGAAGUCUUACCUGGCAGGGCGGUGGCAUCAGGGAACUGGGUAGCCAAGGGCAACACAGUGAGAAAAGAGCUUUUGCCAGUCCAGAAGAACAUCUGGCUUCAGAUUCUUGAUGGAGUUCAUGAUGAAACCCUGACUAAAGCUGUAAGGAAUAUGUGCAAAGAUGAGGUCCACCCUUUCCAAGCAAUUGCUCUUCAACACUGGCGACAAAUCAUGGAAUCUGCAGAAUACAAAUGUUCAAUGCUCUCUGAAAAAGAGCUGAAUCACUUCUCCCUGAAUACAAAGAUGUAUACACAUUUCACAUCCCCUAUCCGGAGAUAUGUGGACCUCAUUGUACAAAGACUGGUGCAUGCAGCUCUUGAUGGGAAAUCCUGUCCCUACUCAUCAUCAGAAAUAGCUGACAUUUGUGCCUAUAUCAAUGAUGCCACUUCCAGACAGAAACACUUCAGCAAUGGGUGCCAGGCUUUGAAGAGAGCUGCAAAGAUUUCGCAGAGGCCAAUGGUAUUUAAUGCUGUGGUGGACAAGGUCUCGGACAGUGGAGCAGAGCUCUGUAUCCCCUCUUUGAAGCAUGUGUCCAGCAGAAGCAAGGAAUUACCCUUCAACUUGAUGGACUUCAGUAAGAAACCAGAGGAGAAACAAGAUCCUUGGUCAACAAAGACAAUCGUUACAGGAAAAUGGAAGAAAAGGCUGUAUGACUGUACUGGAUGUCCAAGCCAGCUGAUGUAUUCAAAGAUGCUGGAAAAGCAGCAAGGAUUCAAACAGAAGCAACGGCCAAAACAAGUCGUGUCUAUUGUGAAUCCUAAUCAGCAUGUGUACUUUGUGGACACACAGACCUGGGCAAAGAUGUUGAAUGCAUUGUUCAGCCAGGACCACAAAGCAUUGAAGAAAAUGGUCAACAGUCAACCCAGAGAAGGACAAGAUUUGCCCACUGGAGCACCAGUGAGGGACAUGGUCACCUCAGAGCAUGGAGAUGGUUCCAUCAAGUUCCACCACUGCAAGUUUACUCUCUGCUUUACACCCGGACGUGUCAUCAAAGUUCAGAUGGUUGCUAAUCCAGAGAAGGGUUUACUCACUCCACAAGUGAGAUUGUUUCAGGUUUGCAAGAACCUCAGUCUGUGUCUCAGUCACAUGGAAGAUCCAGUUGGUGUGUUGAGUAAGUAUGCUACAGAAUCGACCAAAAAGAACAUUGAGUCAAUAUCUGAGUAUCAGAGAACAUGGCUGCCUCUUCUGGAAAUGGAAUCUGCGACAUCGGCAGUUCGUAGUGAAGAGAACAUCAUCAUCAACAAUGUCAACAUCGAAUUCAAACGCAACCAAGGUAAAACAAAAACCUUCUACAAAGGGACAUUCACUUUUCCAUCUAGUUUUGUGCAUGAAAGGUGCAUUGAGUUUGGAGGCAAACCUUUGGAGAAGUUGAAAGAAGAGGGAGACGACGAUGAUGAUGAAAGGGACAACUUUGGACGAAGGGAGUUCUCCUCAAUUGACUAUCUCUGCAUACGAAUCAAGAUUGACCAAAAUAGACCUGAGUCACGGGAAACCUAUGAUGAGGAGAUCUCAAACAAGGUCAUUGAAGUCCCUUGCCCACUGACAAAAGAAGGAAGGCAAACGAAAUCCUCAAAGAGGAGUAAGUCAUCAGAAAGGAGGAGGUCUAGGAGGAAAGCAGAGGCUGUUGAGUGUGCCUUGAAGAAGAGGAAGGUGUCUGAAGGAUGUGGAGCUGAUGUCUGUUCACAGGCAGACACCUACACGUGGGUCGGUCAUGCUCAGAUCAUGAAAGUGAGGAGAAAGAAAGACAAGGACAUGGAAUCAGAUUAUGUGACGGUCACAUUCAGCUUAAAUGCCAACAGUGGUCCUGUGCCAGACGAACUCUUUCCCAAGAGUACAGGCACUGUAGAGGUCAUCUUCAAGUCAGAAGUUGACAGACGUACAAUGAGAAUGAUACAAAGCUUGAGUGGAGACAAGUUAGAUUUAGCAAGCUGUGUUGCAUUGCACAGGAGGCCUCCUAAACUGGACAAGGACAGACUGGACUAUGGCAAGAAGAUGGAGAAAGAGGUCCCAGUCCAGGGUCUGCCUCUCAAUAACACCAAGCAGCACGAGGCCAUAGACCGGGCCCUCAGUUCCAGCUUCACCCUCAUCCAGGGGCCACCAGGUACAGGUAAGACAUACACUGGGAUCAAGCUGGUGUACCUCUUCAACAAGAUCAACAAGUUCCUUCACCUGGAGGGUGUAGACGACCAGAAGAAACAGGUGCUUUUCUGUGGGCCGUCCAACAAAGCUGUGGAUCUUGUAGCAUUUCUGCUGUUAUGUCGACUUGGAGAUGCUUGUCCCAACAUCAUCCGCCUCUACGGCAGCAACAUCGUGGCUCAGGACUACCCUGUGCCCAAACGCAACUUCAUGUCCAAGAGGAGCAUGCGAGGCCUGCGAUCUGACCCCAGACUCUUCGAUGUGUCUCUCCACCACAUGAUACGACAGUCAGGCAAACCUCAUGCCGAGGAAAUAAGGAUGUAUGAUGCAUUGUUCAAGACCAAUCCAGAAGCCGUCACUCCGGGCCACAUCAAGAAGUAUGGGAAGCUGGUGUACAUGGCCUCAUGUGAAGAACUCAAGAAGUGCGAUGUGAUCCUCUGUACCUGCCCAGUCGGUGGGAAUAGGAAGGUGGUCCAGUCAACACGCAUCUUCCAGCUCAUCAUCGAUGAGAGUGCCAUGAGUCCAGAACCACAAAGCAUGAUUCCUAUCAUUGCCACCAAGGCCAAGCAGGUUGUCCUGAUAGGAGAUCACAAGCAGCUGCGGCCAAUUGUUCAGUGCAAGCAGGCUGCAGAAUUGGGUCUGGAUCAGUCGCUGUUUGAGAGGUUUGCUACUGAGGCUACAUUCCUCAACACUCAGUACAGGAUGCACCCUCGCCUCUGUGACUUCCCAUCAGAAGAGUUCUACGAUGGUAAACUUACCACAGGUCCAUCUUGGACAUGGAAGUGUGAGCCCCUGGCCGUGUGGCCGGUGCCGGAGGUUCCCCAUGUCCUGUGCCAUGUGGAGGGGGUGGAGGACAGCCUCAGUGUGUCCACAGAGGAGGGCAAUGAACAGUCCAAGUCCAACAAGGCAGAGGUGGACAAAGUGGUUGAGGUGUUCAGCUGGCUGGUUCAGAAGGGUGGAAUCUCCCCUCGCUACAUCAACAUCAUGUCGCAGUACAACGCCCAGUGUACCAAGAUACGCGAGGCUCUGUCCAAGUACCACCAUCAGAGUCUCAACGUCAACACUGUUGUGGCCAGCCAAGGAGGUGAGUGGGACUACGUGAUCUUCAGCACGGUACGCUCUCUGCCCCAUUACAAGAUAGAGAAGAACCCCACACUGGGCUGGAGCAAACACAACCUCGGCUUCAUCACUGAUGCCAACCAGGUUAACGUGGCGCUCACCAGAUCUCGUAGAGGACUCAUCAUCAUUGGUAAUGAGAACUUGCUGCGAAGUGACAAAAUCUUCAAGAGACUGAUCGAGAAGUAUGAGAAACAGGGAUGUUUGGUAGAUGGCAGCGACUUUCCGCGGAGAUACCGGCGAGAUCAUCAAAAACGACGACCUCCGAUUCCAGGAUUGGAGUGGAAAACAGCUUAAGUGCUGCACUUGUUGAAAGAACUGAACAUUCAAACAGUCCUGUUGGGAUGAAAAAGAAUUCAUUUCAUGGCUGUGUUGUGAAUCAGCUAUCAAUGACUGCGAAUUUUCGUCUUAGUGUAUUCAACAUUUUAGUGCUAUUUGUUUUAUUUCUAUUACCGUUACAAACAUCUGCAUGCACUGUUAUUGUGUUUUAAAUAUCUAGUGAAUGUCAUUGAUUUGAAUAUCAUCUGACAAUUUUGGGUCCAAAAUGCAAUUUGUAAAAUAUAUAUUUUACUUAUUUUAAUUUGUAUUAUUGUUGUGUAAAUAUGUAUAUUUGUGAGUAAACUUUGAUGUAUUGUAGAAGCCUGCCCCAUUUGCCUAUUUAGAGAACAUGGUAGACACAUGUAUGUCAGGUAUCUUGGCAACCAGAAUAGAACACAAACACACACACGCACAGACACACACACACACACACACAGAUGGGUCAAUAAUCUACUGGCACAUUAUCAGACUUGUCCUAAAUAUUCCCUUAUAUUCUGUAGUAUUCCGAAGAAUGUUUCAAAGGCAUGACUGAUCAUUUAGACUGAAAUAUUUAAGUCAGGAUCAUUGAUUGAGUUUUUUUUGUUAGACAUGUUGAAUCUUCAUAUGCAUUUGGGGCCAAUAUUUGUUGUAAAAUACUUCUUUAUAUAAAUAUACACAUGUAUGUAUUCCAACUUUUUGUAAACACCAUAACACCAUAAAGCCUUUGUAAUGAAAAUGGAUGUCACACCUUUUAUUAUUUGGUUGACAUGAUGAUGUAACUGUACAUAAUUUUGACAUAUGUUUCUUAUUGUACUGGAUCUUGCCAUCUGUGUUCUCAGUGGGUACUUGUUACGACUCUUGCCAUCCUUGUAAUUAGGGGUGUCACGAUACAGGUACCCCAUGAUACGAUACGUAUCUUGACUUUAAGGUCAAGAUACGAUACGUAUCUCAAUACAGCAAUACCGUCUUUAUAUGCGUAUAUUUAGAAGCAACCUUUUUAAUUACAUAUCACAUUCACAAUUAUGUGUUCUAACCACUAUCAGUAGAUUAUUUUGUAAAAUAAUAAUACUUAGAAAAGGUUGAUUCUGUUUAUUCAAACAAGUGUCAGAAACUAACAAGUUUUUGUAUGUGUCAAAUUCAGAAAAUAUGAUGAUAUUUUGAUUCGAAUAGAAAAAUCAAACGAUAUGCGAACAAAUGGAUAUCGAUUUCAAUAAAAUUUUGUAUCAAUAUAUAUUUACAUGUAUCGUGAGAAUUAUCUACCAAUGCAUUGGUACAAUCGGUGAAUCGUGACAACACUCCUUGUAAUCUCCCUUGAGGAAUGGUCAGCCCCUCAAGCAAGGAACACAUUUUAUAGUUUUCAUACACUGCUAUGAACAAUCUUGCUCAAAGAUAUGUAUAUUCCUCCAGAGCCUUUCUAUAGUUUUGUACCGAACUUAUAUUCACUAUAUCUUUGUAGCAUCUCACUCAAAAUGUAAAUAUAUACACUGUACCAAGUGAUCAUCUCAAUCAUGACGUAAAGACAUUUUGUACCGAAUGAGCAUCCCUAGGGGUGGUGGGGUAGCCUUGUGGUUGACUUGACAUAUCAAACGUGUAGGUUCUAUUCCCACAAAGGUGGUUAAAGACCUGGUUUCGAUUCCCCACAUGGGUACAAUGUAUGAAGCCCAUUUCUUGUGUCCCCCGCCGUGAUAUUGCUGGAAUAUUGCAAAAAGCUGCGUAAAACCAUACUCACUCACUCACUCACUCUUGCCACAAAUAUAUAGAGUGUGAAGCAUUCAGUGUGUCCAUCACCAUGUAUGAUAAUGCUUUCACUGCAAGACAAAACUCAUUCUUUGUUCUAAUCCAUGACAAAAUGAUGAAAAAAAAUGUCCCUUUUUGUAAAAUAUCCAAUGACAAAAGUCUUGUUGCAGUACAGAUACCAUUCUUUCCUCCUGGCAUCCCAAUAAAAAGAAUGACAAAAAAAACAAUUUUGUUUGUAGGCAUUGCAUUAUGUUUCCAGUGUGUUAUCAAGAUGGGGGUUUCAAUAUGGUUAAUUGCUGUGUUGCACUAGAUGAGCUUGAAGAUAGCAAAUGUUUGUGUGACCAGAUUCUAAACUACCACAACUAAUUUGGAGCAAGAAACAUGUCAGUGAAGCAUAUGUAUGCCAUUGUGUGUGUGAUGUAAAUGUCUUAUAAGAUCAACAGCUGUAGUUUAAAAAGUGCUGGUCUUGAUAUGAAGUUUUAUGAUUAUGUUGGUUUUUUUACUAUAAUAUCAAUAGGCCAUAACUAUGAUAUCGUUCUUUAUUGCAUGUGACCCUUAUGUAGUCCAAUCUGGUAAAAAUUCUUUAACAUGUGUCAUACAUAUUUAAUAAUAUUGAUACAUGCAGCUGAUGCACUUACAUCUGUUGUGGAGGCGGUAAGGUAGGAUGAUGGGUCAAGCAAUGCUCAUAUGUCCUGGGUCUGAGUUUGAUUCCCAUGGGUUUGAAGCUGAUUCUUGGUGUCCCGUGCUGGAAUUUGAUUCGAAUUUUGCUAAAAGCAACAUAAAAUAAUCAUUAUUUCUGUAGUGCCAUGUUUGUUUGUAUUCUUCGGAUGUGCCAAUAAUGUUUGUGUGCUUUGUCAACUUGCAUGUCUUUCACAGUGUAUUAUAUUAGAUGUGUCUCACUGAGUUUAUCAUGUGCAACAUGUAUAUGUAUAUAUUUUCAUUUAUAUUUUACCUAUGUUGAUGUUGGACCCUGAACUCUGUCCCUAAACUCAGAAUCUUAUGACGACAUUACUUACUUUGUUAAACAAGGAUUGUACGAAAACACGUGUUCUGUUCUUUUGAACGACUAUUAAAUUGUCAAAAUGAGUUCCUAUUAGUAUGUAGAAUCUUACUUCCAUAUCUUCAUUGGGAGUAUGGGAAAUGUUUCAGUAGAAAUUUAUUUUAUUGUUAUUUGUUGUGUCGAGUAUCAAUAUUCCUUCAAUUGUGUUUAAUGUGUUGACAUUGAAAAUUGACUCAAAUCUUCAUUAAUGUCUGAAGAAUCUUUGUAUUGGGGAUAUUACAUCAAACGACUUGCCUGUCUCUACUCAAAAUAUCUAAAAUCUAAUAUAUCUAAAAUAUUAUAAGGAUGGAUGCAUGUGGGUUUCUUAUUUGAGAUAUUGUUCACUUACUAUUAUUAGUAUUAUUAACUGAAUCUUUUCACUAGUUACAGUUUUACCCUCAACAUAUUCACUCAUUGGGUUUUUUAUCAUUGUGAUGUUGUUUAGGAACAUACACUUACUUAUUAUUAGUAUUAAACUUAUUAACCAAUUUGCCAUCUUUUCACUAUUACAUUUUAACCUUCGUCACACUCAAGUUAUGCAACCAUAUCAUAAUGUAAUAUGACAAAAACUGUGAUUUUUCCAUUCUCCAUUUUGUUAAUCCUAUCACUACUGAAAGGUCUGGUUGAAUCUUGUUCCUACAUUAGGUAGUGUUAAAUGUCUGAGGCCUGCAUCACAUCAGGCUUCCCUCCCACAUCAAGCUGACCUGCUGUGAUAUAACUGGAAUACUGUUCAAAGUAGCGUCAGCCCAAACUCACUCACUCUGUAUCAAGCUCAGCUCCAUAAAAACUUGAUGGUUGUUGUGUUGAAAAUGACUGCCUUAGAUUCUAUGUUUAUUUCUUAAAAAGGAGAAGGAAUUAUUCGCUAAUCGUAUUUCUUGUUUUAUCCUGUUUCAGAAUUUGCCAAAAAAAAUUAAUUUGAUGCAAAAUAUUUAUUCGUACUUAAAUCGGUCCCUCAGUUGUCAUUACAUGUAUAUCAAAUCUGAAUUCCUUCCAUCAUCAACCAUGUCUGACAGGGAUGUUUCAUGAAAAUGCAUCAUAGACAUUGUAAAUUUAAAUAUCUAAUUGGACCAAAAAUCAUUUGACAUUUCAAAUUAUAUUUCUCCAACAAUAAAACAUUUUCCAUGUCACCCAUGUGAUAAUGGACACGAACAAUCAGAGAAGGGCUGAAGUGUUGUGAAUCUUUUGUCCAGAUUAGAUACAGUUCAUCAUCCAAUACAUUCCAUUAUACACAUCAUGUAUAUCCCCUGUCAUCGUCCACCGAUAUUGACAGCAUUGUCCACGUUUGAACCCGUCCAUUUAUAUUUUGUACAAAAGACUCAUGUAGUAUUGCAUACAUGCACAUCUUCUCUGGGGAUAUACCGCAUCAUCCUCUUAUAUGAUUAAUAAUUAUUGUUAUAUGUAGAUAAGGUAACAGGUUUACUUCAACUUACAAAUAUUUUUAUUUUUUUUAUUUUUUUAUUACUCUUUUGUUAGAGCUACAUAAUUAUCUCUGUGAAAACAAUUAUGCCAAUUAGCAGUUAGCAAGGCUGUGUGUGGUCACAUGUAGGUGACAUGACAGCUGUUAUAUGAGGUAAGAAUUCAUCCUUGCACCUUCAUAUAUACUCACUGGUAAUAAACAUUUAUGUAUCACUACAAUCGUUGACAGUAACUUUAAGACGCAAACAUCUUUUACUCUACUUUUGUUUGGAGGAACUCUACUCUUUCCACUCUUUGGUUAACAAAUUUGUUAUUGAAUUGUUUGUGUAUGUAAACAAAAUUUUUUCCGUUUAUUUUAGAGAUUUUUCCUUUAUUUAGCACCUUGAUGUGAAUCAUCUUUGCUGUAAUAUCAAGUAAAGAAACAACCUUUUGUGCCAUGCUUAGACUACUCUGUUGGCAAUGCUUUCACAGAAAAGUAUUCGGUAAAUCAACAGUUAAUUUUCUUUUAUGACUUUAAAACAUUGACCUUUGAGAUCUUAUUAUUUAAUGAGAAGUAAAUAUGUGCCAUAAUUAUUCUUAUAUGUGUUUAUAUAUGUUUGUCAGUUUCCAUAAAGGGAAAUAAAGUUUUUUCAUCUU